AUGCAGUCCUGGAACCCAGCUGCGUUGCUUCAGCCUGGUCGUCGCCAGCCCAAUAACAGUCGCCUGGGAACACCCUCCUCAAAUCCCGCGUCACCUGUCCCCUCGGCGCUGCGAGAUCGAAUGGAAUCUGAAUCCAGUUCUAGCAACACGGUCUUCCAUUUCGCCACGACUGCUGACAGUGCUUCGGACAUUCCUAGUGGGCCAUCGACGCCUGGUAGCAUGACUCCCAUCUCCGGAGCUGGGUCUUGGAUCGAACGUGUCAACAAUGUCCAGGCUCGGUCUGCUGUUCCCCAAGCUAAGCGAAGAAAAUUUGACGAAGUUGACGACGAUGGGAAGACUGCUAGCGUGCCCACAAGGCAUGGCGGCAGUGGAGGCCUUGGAGACUAUGUACGAGACCAACAGAAGCAGUCCAACGGCGCCAUCGCCACACAGGCCAUGAUGGUGGACCUGACAGCUGGUACCGAUGAUGAAGUUCAGGAGAUCAGCGAUCCCAAGGACGAGGAGGUCUGCUACGGCAUGAUCAACACCUACCUAAACUGUACUCUAGUUCCGUCGCCAAAGCCCGGAACGCAAUCUAUAUUUGGUCCCAGCUACAUCCCACCAAUCAAGAUCAACCUGAAAAGGGCCGUAGGCGACCAGACUCUCAAAAUACCAGCAUCCGACUUUACACGUGAAAUUAUCGGCCACGUCGUACCCGUCACUGCCGGUGCUCUGAGUCCGCUACUCGAUAGCAACCUGCGUUUGAGAACUGAAUGUCGCAUUCCGUCACAACCUCGGAAGCCGGGUGAGGAAUCUGGAACUCCGACGUCCCGGGCGUACACUUUUGAGAUUGUUCUCUAUGGUCCGCUGAAAUAUGCUAAAAACAUUGGAGAACACCUCAGAAGAAACUCUCAGAAGCUCGUGGCACCUUUCAUGGUCCAGAAAGGCAUCCGUGUCAAUAACCCUCACGUUGGCGAGUAUAGGCCACCCGCCCCCCGAUCUUCGGUCAACACCAAUGCACAGAUAAUGUCUAGUUCUCUGUCGACUCGCACUGUCGAGGAGGUGCGCUCCGAAGUUCUGGGCGUUUUCGACUCGAUGACCAAAAGCGAAGAUUUGCCUACCAUGGAACCAAGCGCCAUCAUUACCACGCCGCUUCUCCGGCAUCAGAGGCAGGGUCUCUACUUUAUGACAAACCGCGAAACCGUUGAUACUAUAGACGACAGGGAGCGUGGCUUGGUCUCUUUCUGGCAGAUCAAGCUCGGUCGAAAUGGCCAAAAGUCUUAUUUCAACAUCAUCACGGGACACGAACAAAAGUCGCCACCACCUGAGACGAAAGGUGGCAUCUUGGCCGAUAUGAUGGGACUUGGCAAGACUCUCAGCAUCUUGUCUCUUCUCGCGACCACUACCGAAGAUGCCAACCAGUGGGAGACGAAAAUCCCCGUGCAGCCCUCUCCUGUGGACUCCAGAACUGUUGCUAGAAAUGACAUCUUGGGUGCGAAUCAGCCCUCCCUCCCUUUGACCACCCUGCUCAGAAACUCAAAGGCUACCUUGAUUGUGUGCCCUCUCAGCACAGUCACCAAUUGGGAGGAGCAGAUCAAGCAGCACAUUCAACCUGGAACAUUAAACGUUCAUAUUUAUCAUGGUCCAAGCCGUAUUCGAGAUACCGCAAAGCUUGCUUCCUUUGACGUCGUCGUUACCACUUAUGGCUCGGUCUCCAAUGAGCUCAGCUCUCGAAGGAGGGGAAAGCAGGGCCAGUAUCCGCUGGAAGAGAUUGGCUGGUUCCGCAUCGUUCUGGACGAGGCCCAUAUGAUCCGCGAACAAAGUACAGUACAGUUCAAAGCCAUUUGUCGCCUGCAGUCGGACAGAAAGUGGGCCGUCACUGGCACGCCUGUGCAAAACCGGCUUGACGACCUCGCUGCUCUGCUUGCUUUUCUACGUUUGCAUCCAUUCCAUGAGCAAAGCAAGUUCCGUCGCUUCAUUGUGGAGCCUUUUAAAGCAUGCGAUCCUGAGAUUGUUCCAAAAUUACGCGUCCUCGUUGAUACAAUCACUCUCAGAAGACUCAAAGAUAAGAUUGAUCUGCCACCUCGACAAGAUCUUGUUAUCAAGCUUGAAUUCUCACAAGAAGAGCGCUCUAUCUACGACAUGUUUGCACGAAACGCCCAAGAUCGUAUUAAGGUCCUCGCUGGCACGCGUGACAAGGGUCUCGGUGGAAACACUUACAUUCAUAUUCUCAAAGCAAUUUUGCGACUACGAUUGCUUUGUGCCCAUGGCAAAGAUCUCCUUAAUGAGGCAGAUUUAGCUGCUCUUGCCGGCAUGUCUGCCGAAAUGGCCAUCACCAUUGAUGACGAAGACGAAGAUGGACCGGCCCUUUCGCAUCAAAAAGCACACGAAAUGUUCACGCUCAUGCAAGAUACUAAUAACGAUGCUUGCACUGAAUGUACCAAGAAAUUGACAGCCAAUGAAGACUCCAUAGAUACGGAAAGCCAGAGCGACAUCCUUGGAUACAUGACGCCAUGUUUUCACGUCAUUUGUCGCUCUUGCAUACGCAGUUUCAAGGAGCGCGUCAAGGCUAGCGUGCCUCCCGGUUACCUCGCAGGCCCUUGUAUUGUUUGCAGAAGUCAUAUCCGAUUCGACUUUGUUGAGCUACGCCGAGAAGAUGUGGAGGCUGAGCAUGAUGGUGCUAGCCGCAAAUCAAAGUCUGGUACCAAGCAGACAGAUGGUUACGAUGGGCCGCACACAAAGACCAAGGCCCUUCUGGAAGAUCUUCUCAAGGCCGAGGCUGCAACCAGAGCCAACCCGACAGAGCCACCCUACAAGUCUGUGGUGUUCUCUGGCUGGACAUCGCACCUGGAUCUCAUCGAGCUUGCCCUGAAGAGUGCUGGUAUCUCCUUCACUCGACUCGACGGAACCAUGUCACGCGCAUCUCGCACCACGGCCAUGGAUAAGUUUCGUGAAGACGACAGCGUUCACGUCAUCCUCGUGUCCAUCAUGGCAGGAGGUCUUGGUCUCAACCUGACUGCCGGCAACAGCGUCUACGUCAUGGAGCCGCAGUUCAACCCGGCCGCGGAGGCGCAGGCUAUCGACCGCGUGCAUCGCCUGGGUCAGAAGCGUCCCGUGAAGACGGUCCGCUACAUCAUGCGCAACAGCUUCGAGGAAAAGAUGGUGGAGUUGCAGGACAAAAAGACCAAGCUCGCCAACCUCAGCAUGGACAACCAAAGUCGAUCGCUCGACAAAGCGGAACAGGCGAGGCAGAAGCUCAUGGAUAUCCGCAGCCUGUUCAAGUAA